CCUCAGCUCACCUGGUCGCCUUUCCGCCCGGGCGGCCGCUGCCUCAGCCUCUGCCUGCCUCCCUUCCCGCCCUCUGCAAUGGCCUCCACGCCGAGAGCCCCUUUCCAGCUCCUGGCCGGACUCCUGGUACUAACUGUGCUUUGUGAUGCUUGCAAGAAAGUGACUUUUAAUGUGCCUGCAAAAAUUGAAGCAAUGACCUUAAUUGGUAGAGUAAAUCUCAGGCAAUGUCUGAGGACUCUAGACCUGAUCAGUUCAAGCGAUCCUGACUUCUUGGUUCUAGAAGAUGGUUCUGUAUAUACUAGAAAUACUGUUUCUUUAUCUUCUGAGAGCAAAAGCUUUACUGUACUACUUCAGGAUUUGCAGGAUAAUCAACAGAAGAAAAUACAUGUCAAUUUGCUGUCUCACCCCAAAAUGAAACACAAAACCAAAGACACUGUUCUGAGGCGAAGUAAACGGAGAUGGGCUCCUGUUCCUACUGUUAUCAUGGAAAACUCACUGGGACCUUACCCAAUGCAAAUUCAGCAGCUGUCUUCUGAUACAGCCCAAAAAUAUAACAUAACCUAUUCUAUAAGAGGUCCUGGUGUUGACGAACCACCAGUAAAUUACUUCUACAUUGAGGCAGAAACUGGAAAUCUCUUUGUUACUAAAGCAAUAGAUCGGGAAGAGUAUCCAGAAUUUCAGAUAAUUUGCUAUGCUAGGACACGAGAUGGCUAUACUCCGGAGAUCCCACUUGUACAUAUGAUUAAAAUAGAGGAUGAUAAUGACAACCCUCCACUUUUUAACCCGAGUACUGUGACGUUCAUUAUUCCUGAAAAUAGUAGAUCUGGUACUGUUAUAGGAGAAAUGAUUGCAACAGACAGAGAUGAACCGGAUACACUUCACACUAAACUGAAAUACAGAAUUGUGGGUCAAAAUCCUGCACCGUUCCGUGGCACCAGUACAUUUAAUGUACAUGCAGAUUCAGGUGUUAUUACGUUGGCAUCUGCAACUCUGGAUAGAGAGACUACAGAGAAAUUUGUAGUCCUGAUUGAAGCAAGAGAUAUGGCAGGUCAGCGCUUUGGUUUGUGCAGUACAGGAACAGCUGUCAUUCAAGUUGAAGAUGCUAAUGACCAUGCACCCAUGUGCGAACAUGGCAUGUAUGAAGUAUAUAUUCCUGAAAAUACAUUUGGUGCAAAAGUACUAGACAUUGGUAUCAUAGAUAAAGAUGCACAUGGAACACCAGGCUGGCAUGCUACUUUUGACAUUAUAAGAGGGAAUGAAGAUGGUGCUUUCAAAAUUGAGAGAGAUCCGAAUUCAAAUACUGGUGUUUUGUGUACUGAAAAGGGGCUAGACUAUGAAAAGAACAAAGAGAGAAGAUUGGAAAUUGUUGUAAACAAUGAAGUGCCUUAUGUGCUAGGACCAAACUCAAGAGCAAUCUCUACAAGUACUUGUGUUGUUAUUGUCAAAGUCCGGGAUGUGGAUGAAGGACCUGUAUUUGAUCCUUGUGUAUAUGUUCUAAAUGUUAAAGAAUGUUUGGAAGGUGGAACAUUGGUUGGCCAGUACCUAGCAAGGGAUCCAGAGACUGGAAAUAGUGAAGGCAUACGGUAUGGAGUGUUAAAUGAUCCAUGCAAUUGGAUCACUCUGGACAACACAGGUCAGAUCAAAACCACAAGACUAUUAGACAGAGAUGCACCAGAUCUGAAGCUCUAUCAGUGUAAUGUAACAGUCUUUGCUACAGAUCGAAGUGGCAAAACAGGCACCGGAACAGUGGUGGUUAAUUUACUGGAUGAAAAUGAUAAUUUCCCAGUGAUUGUAAAGAAAGAGUACACAAUAUGUAGAGACCGAAAACCAAUUUGUCUUACUGCUGUGGAUGCUGAUAUACCUCCACAUACAGUUCCUUUCCAUUUUGAACUUCCUGACCGGGUAGUGCCACAGUGGAGAAUAGUACCAAAUGAUGAAAAAUCUGUGUAUUUAGAACCAGUUGGCCCAAUCGAUUUUGGCGACUACUCAAUUCCCGUCAGAGUUACGGAUAAUUCAGGUCACAGUGGCGUCACUGACGUAAAAGUUCGGGUGUGCGACUGUACAACUCCUAGUGAUUGUUAUUCCUCAAGAGAACAACCUGGACCUAGUAUAAUUCGAGCACCUAAUGUUACACUUGGAAUUUGGGCCAUCCUGGCAAUGAUUUUGGGAUCAUUAUUACUGCUAUUAAUCUUGAUCACACUUUGCCGCUGCUGUGGUGGUGCUGCACAUGUCGGUACUAGUAAACAUGUCUGUGAUGAUCUAGCAAACCAGAACUUAAUUAUAUCAAACACUGAAGCCCCUGGAGAAGAAGUAAUGGAUCCCAAUAUAAUUCCUGUGAAAACAGGAAACAUGGUUACAACUGAUCAAGGGGUUGGCAUGACAGGUGGUGGAAUCAAGACUAUGGGACAUGAAUCCUUUGAAAUGGUCAAGGGUGGACACCAGACUCUGGAAUCAGUCAAGGGUGUAGGAGGACAUCAUACUCUAGAAUCUGUCAAAGGUGGUGGACAUCAUACACUUGAAUCUGGAAGGGGCUAUGGGCAGAACAUGAUGGAUACAUACAGAUACAAUUAUUCAGAAUGGCAAAAUUUCACACACCCUCGUCUAACUGAGAAAGUGUAUUUGUGUGGUCAGGAUGAAGAGCAUAAGCAUUCGGAUGACUAUAUCCUUUCAUAUAACUAUGAAGGAAGAGGCUCUCCGGCUGGUUCCAUAGGCUGCUGCACUGAUCAUCAAGAAGAAGAGGCUCUUGACUUUUUAGAUCAGCUGGAACCCAAGUUUAGGACAUUAGCAGAAACCUGUGUUAAGAGAUAAAUGUGCUGAUAAUCCUGAAGAAAACCAUCACCUUUUCCAUUGAGUAGCUGUUUUAAAGCUGGAAUAUAGCAGAUUUCUUCUUUUUUUUCCAAUGGGAGUGGUUAUCAAAAUGCUUUCUUAACAUUAAAUUUGCUGCCGUCAACAUAUCUGUAUCUUACUUCAAGCCACUGUGUGGGGAUUAUACUUCAUGUAAUCUCACCUACAUUGAAAAGUUUGUUCUUAAAACUAAAAAUUUAUAGUAAACCAGCUUUAUAGAGGGGAACACAUUUUCAGGGUUUUUUUUUUCCUUUCUAUUUCUACCUUACAUUAUUUACAAUAUUGAUAACUAAGGACCAACAAUUUCUGCUUUUUGUGUGGGUGCCUUUUUUAAAAUAGAAAAAAAAUGCUAGGACACUAUAGCUAAAUGUUGCAAUAGUUUCUAAUUUUUGUAUUCUUCAAAAACACCAACUCUCUUUGGUUGCAAUUCAAGUAAUGAAUUAAAGCAGUGCUAUCAAACUUUUGGUAAACAGAUUGGUACCAGCACUGGUGAGUUUCCACGAAAGGAAAAAAACAAACAAACAUGUGGCACAAAUAAUGGGACUGGACCCUGGCAUAUAGGGACAGUAAUCUUGGUCCCAGUAUAAAGUAUCAUGAGAAGCUUUGAAUUGGAGUAACAAAUGCUAAUCAACCAUCUAGCCAUAUCCUCUUGGUUCUUCCCUCUGCUUUCUUUCCGUCUACUUUCAAAGCAUGUUAAGUUUUUUAAUUUUAUUUUAUAUUUGCUAACGGGUUUCUCCUAAAACUGUUGAUAUUUCCCUCUUGUGUGCAUUGUUUUAUUGUGGCUACUUUAGGAAUAGCCAAUAGAAAAGGAGUUAACUUUGAAUAUGUAGGAUAUGGUUGAAUUAUGUAAAAGCCUCUCAAUAACAACGACAACAAAUGGAGGAGGAAAAGGGAAGAAUGGCAGUAGAUAUUAUUGGAAUUUCCAAGCUUGCUUCUCACUAAAUAGUUGUGCAUUAGCUCUGACAGAAUAUGCUGGAUGGAAUUUAUAAGGUGACAGUCACAUGCAUUUGAAAACAAUGGUUAAGGCCAACGCUUCAGCUUUGGGUAUUAAAUUAAUUUCAGAAACAACAGUAUCGUUUGCCACUCUGCUCACUUAAUGAAUACAGAACAUUACCUUAAUCACAUCAAAUGAUAGAUGUGAGGAGGGAAAAAACUGGAGGACCAGUCAAUACUUGUUAAUGCCUGUCUCUAACAAAAUGGAAACCAAUCUAAGAGAUAUAAAAACACAGUCUGUGCCAAUUCACUACAUUACAUGGUAACGUUGCUUUGCAGUUUAUGUGCGUGGACUUGCCUGAUGUAUGCUGUUAUGAUGAGACAUUUUGGUUGAUAUUCUUCAUGUAAUAUGUUUAUGUAGCUAUAAUUUGUUAGGGCCAAGAGACAUGAAGCAGCAGUUCUUGAGCUGCUUAUCUGCAAUGCUUCAAAUAAGAGGUCUGAAAAAGGUUAUACGCUAUAUGCUAACAGCAUUGGGUUGGUUCUAGACUUAGCCAUGCUUAGACUUAUGGAAAUCAGUUGCACUUGAGUUAGUCAUAGCUGUCUUGUGUCAGUCAGAACCAGUGUGGUGUAGUGAAUUGUUGGACUGUGACUCUGGAGACCAGGAUUUGAAUCUCCACUGGAUGACCUUGAGUAAGUUAUACACUCUGACUCAGGAAGACAACAGCAAACUCAUUAUGAACACUAAACCCUGUGAUAGGUUCACCUUAGCAUAGGGGUCCUCAAACCUUUUAAGCAACAGGGCUGGUUCACAGUCUCUCAGACUGUUGGGUGGUUGGACUAUAGUUUGGAAAAGAAAAACACAAAUACAUAUUUUAUUUGUAGUGUUAAAAACCCAUGAAAAACUACAAUAUUUACAAUGAACAAUUUUAAGCAUCACAAACUUACCAGUACUGUAUUUCAAUGGAAAAUUUGAGCCUGCUUUUGGCUGAUAGUCAAAUUAGUAAGAAUUGUUGUUGUGUGCCUUCAAGUCAUUUUAGAUUUAAGUGGGAUAAAUGACCAUGGAGGAUCACAUCUGGCCUGCAGGCCUUAGUUUUGCAACCCCUGUCUUAGCGUCACCAUAAGUUGGAAACAACUAGAAGGUACCCAGUAAAAAAACAAAACAAAACAUAAUUCUUAAGGACAGUAAAAUCUGGAUCCAAGUCAUUUACAUUUUUAAAAACAAAUAUCUUGCCUUGCCUAUUACAGAAAUCGAUAUAAUCAUGAUGAGAUUUUAAUGUUCAAUUAUUUUUCUGUUUUACAUUGUCUUAUGCUGUAUUAGGCAAGUGCAACUAAUGGCUACAUCCGUCGAAUCAUAAGUGGUGAUUAUUUCAGAAACCUGCAACACUGAAAAAAGGUCUACAUUAUUGAAGAAAAGCAAGCUUUAAAGUUUAUAGAAUACUGUACAAUAGCUGCCAUGAACAUGAUUUUGUCUUCCAGAACUACUUGCACUAAAUCUGCUUUAACAUUUUUUUUGUAGUGAGUGCAAUUGGUUUUUGUAAAUUAGCUUUUCUGUUGUUUGUCUGUUUAUUAUUUAGUCUUUAGUACAAGAUUGAAUGUUUUCAUGGAUCUGCAGAAUCCAGAGAAAAUACUGAAAGUGUUGAAGAUCAGUGCAGAGCUUUAAAUGGCCCAUAAUUUUUAUUCUGUAUUCAGUUUUUCCACAAGGGAUUGCAUUUGGGAGAUCCAAAACAGAAGUCUCUAGUAUCUCUGAUAAACUGUAUGGAAUUUAGUAGAGAAUACGAGAUUGCGACUAUUGAAUGUAAUUACAAUCUACAAUGAAAAAAACCUGGUUUAAAAUAUAACUUUUUAAUGUAUUUUGGGGUGCUGAAUUUGGAAAACACAAUAAAAUGUUCAAUGCACAAUUAAUUCCAUAAAUUUAAUAUUUUAUGCAUUCAGUUACUUAGUUUUGAUGAAGUAUCUUGAUUUUUUUCUCAGAUCACCAUGAUAGAAGUUAAAAGAUUUUCUAGUUUGUAUGUCAUGAUCAAAGCCAUUUUUUCUUUUCAAAAAGUAAAAGGAACCUGUGUGUGUAUGUACCUUCAAGUCCCCUGUCAACUUAAGGUGAUUCCAUUCAUUUUUCAUAAGGAUUUUCUAGGAAAGGCAGAGCCAAAGGUAGUUUUGCUAUGGUCUGUAGCACGUGGUAUUCUGUAACCAGGUUUCUCAGUGCCUUUGUUACCUUGUCUACUACACACAAAUUUACUUUGAGUGAAAGGUUGUACAGAAUUCCGUUCUUUUAUCUUUAACCUUGUUUUACAUUAAGCAACAUACAGAGACGGAUUAUUUUUCAAAAAUAGCAGAGAAAAUGAGAUCCUACAGAAUAACUAUUAGAGAAUAUUUAUGUGAUUUUAACAUGGAUUUAGUAUUGAAUUAAUCUCUGUAUCUAAUUUUGAAUUUUGAAUUGUAAAAUUUAUUGAAGCAGAAUAAUCUAUUAAUCUAGAACUGACGUUUGAAGUCAAUUAAAAUUGCAAAAUGUCCCAUAAUCAUGAAGAAUUUGAAUGUUGUGUGGUUUCCGGGCUAUAUGGCCGUGUUCUAGCAGCAUUUUCUCCAUGUAAAUUCCAUAUCAGAUUUCAGUCUAAGUAAUGUUUAUUAAGAGGAGGUACCAUAUGGUAGUAGACAUAUUUCACAUUCAGAUCUCAGCUUGGCCUCACAUUUGCUGCGUGAAUUAUUUUGAAUGAGUCCCUCUCUCUCAACUUUCCAGUUGUAAUUUGGGAAUGAUUGCCCUUACAUGAUGCAGUGCACUAUAUCCAAAGUAUUUUGAAUACUUUAUACUUUAUAUGCAAAGGGCCUUGAGUACUUUAUAUGCAAAGGACUGUAAAUAUAUUUUGGUUGCUUGAUUUUAUUAGCUGGACAAGGUUUUUCACAUUUAAUAAUUUGUGCCAUUUGCUUGCUCUGCAUUUGGAACACAGAACAUGCUGCACAAUUGACACAUAAAUUGUUUGAAUCUAGCUAAACAUGUACCUGUGAUGGCAGUAAGGAUUCUCUAUGCCUACAAUGUACAUAGUUGAUCCCUUUCCAUCCAGUGUGCAAUCUCUUUGAAUUACUAAAUUUACUGUCCUGAAAGAGUUGAAAAUACAAACUAAUGUGUGAUCAAUUCUCUAUAUGUAAAGUUUGAGCAUUUUGUAUUAAAUAUUUAUAAAAACUUUACAAAGUGUGGUGUAAAAAGCUUCUAGGUUUUAUGUUUAUAUCACCAGCUAAUUGUUUGACUCAAACUGAAAUUGAUUUGUUAUUUCCAACUCUGUACUUCUCAGGAGCUGUCUAAUUGUGUAAACAUCUUGUUUUGUUUCAUGUUUUAAAUACAUUUUGUACAAGAAAAAUAAAGUGGCUUUUAUUUCAAAAUAAA